GGUGGGCAGAGGAUCAUUUUAAAGGCAUGAAGCUGCGGAACAUAAAGUGUGUGUGUCCCACAGCGGAAAAGAAGCCAGUUACAAUUAUGGGUGGAAUGACUUUACCCGCAUGGUUUAAUGUUUUACCACCACUCAUGGGAGAAGAUGAGCAAGGGCUGAGGGAUGCGUCAGAAUUUUUGAAUAAAAUAAUAGAGGAUGAGGAAAAGGCGGGAAUUCCAGCAAGCCGGAUUAUGAUUGGUGGAUACUCACAGGGCGGGGCUUUGGCUCUGUACUACGCCUUGUCAACCAACAAAAAACUGGCUGGAGUAGUGGCUUACGCCACCUAUCUGCCCCUAAUCUGGAAGUUAGAUCAGGCGUAUAGGAACAUUAACAUAAAGGACAUGGCGAUAUUCCACGGACAUGGAACACUAGACUUACUGGUUCCAUUCUCAACAGGUGAAGGAGUGUCGAAAGUACUGGCUCCGAGGUGUAACAAAUACACCUUCCACCGCUACGACGUCGAUCACUUCAUAAUUAGUCCGCAGAUACUGGCAGACAUCAAGAAAUUCUUCCAGACACAUCUAUCUUAGCGACACCUACAGGAAGCACGUGGUUCUCGGUGGACACCCCCCCCCCCUCCCCUUCCCAACUGAUGUCCUCUCUCUAUGGAGCUCUCCAUAACUCACAUCCUCAUGACUUUUAAAACUUUUCUGUGUUUAA